CUUUCCUUAUUCAAUUGAAAAUAAAAUAAAAUAAAAUAAAAAAAUCUUUGAAGCUAUCCAAAUUAUACUGAAAAUGGACACCCCCAUGUAGGAAUCCCAGUGGGUUCAAAUGUUGAUCCCCCUACCAAUUAUCCUUACCAAUUUCGGACAGAGUUUAAUACAAAUAAAAAAUUAAAGAGUCGGUUUCCCUUUGCCUUUGGGUCUGAAUUUGCUAGCCGGAUCCACUCAAGUAGGCCUAUAAAAAGAAACAAAGCAAACCCACAAGAAACCCAAAGAGAAAGAAGGAAAUUAAUCUCACUCUCUUUUGGAACACAACAAUGGCGGCUCUACCGUGCGGAACGAAGAGAAACUUCGAACACGUCUCUCCAUCUCCUCUUGUUUGGAAGAGGGUUCGCUAUAACUCAUCUUCUCCUUCGCCAAUCAACACGCAACUUCCCUACAUUAACAAUUCAAACGCCGCCACAGAAAACCCAGCUUCUCCUGAAGAAUUAGACUUCAAGAAUGGCUUUGCGGCCGCCAAGAAUGGCGUAGAAUGGACGGAUUCCCUUAUCAAGAAACUUUUGGCUGCAACGAGCGUGGAUGAGGCCAUGGUUUGCACUACAGGAGUGCUGGAGGAAUUUGAAAGAACCGUGGGCGCACGGGUCAGUGCCCAUCACAACAAGGAAAUCAUGGCGUUGAAAGAGCAAGUUGAACGGCUAACACAAGAAAACGCCAUUGUGAAACGCGCGGUGGUCAUCCAACAUGAACGUCAGAAAGAGUACGAGAAUAAGGACCGAGAGUUGCAGCAUCUGAAGGAGGAGUUGGUGCCUCAGUACAAGGAGCAGUUGAGAACAAUGGAGGUCAACAAUUAUGCCUUGUCAAUGCAUUUGAAGCAGGCUUGCCAAAACAGAUCCAUUCCCGGGGAAUUUCAUCCUCAUGUCUUUUAAUGUGAUCAAUUCUUUUGUAUUCUUUACUUUCUUUUCGAGUUCUAAGAAAGUAACCCCACGUUACUAAGGUUAAUUGUGCCUAAUUUUUCUUUUCAAAGGCAGUGGAUCGAUCAAUGAAAAAGGAUAUAUAUAUAUAUA